GCCGAGGGGAGGGGAGCGCCGAGCGGAGCGCGGGGCAGAGCCGAGGGACGGGACGGGACCGGACGGGACGGGGACGGCAUGGCCCCGUGGCUGUGGCCGUGGCUCCUGGCCGCCCAGGCCCUGGCCGCCAACUUCCCCCCGCGCUACAGCCUCUACACCGGGGGGGCCGCCCCGCACGGCCCCGCGCGGGCCGCCAGCAGGCACAGGAACUGGUGCGCCUUCGUGGUGACGCGCACGGUGAGCUGCGUGGUGGAGGACGGCGUGGAGAGCUUCGUUAAGGCCGACUUCCAGCCGUGCGCCUGGGGGCAGCUGCAGUGUCCCCGCGUCCUGGCGUACCGCAGCUUCCUGCGGCCCCGUUACAAAGUGGCCCAGAAGACGGUGUCGGACCUGGAGUGGCGGUGCUGCCAGGGCUACUCGGGGGAGGACUGCUCCGAGGGGCCGCAGCCGGGCUCCCCCCAGCCCACCGCCCACCCCCGGCCCCGGCCCGGCCGCCCCACGCUCUCCGGUUUCGGCAGCGCGCUGAGCGGGCUGGGGGGCGAGGGCGGCGCCGGCGGGGGAGGGGGAAGCCGUGGGGGGGCGGCGGCCCCGCGGAGCCCGGACGAGGCCGAGAAGGUGCGGCGGCUGGAGGAGGCGGUGCAGCGGCUGAGCCGGCAGCUGGAGGAGCAGCAGAAGCAGCUGCGGGACGCGCGCCGCGGUGCCGACGGCGGGACACCCCCGGCCGACGCCGCUCCCCCCGACGUGCGGGAGGCUCUCGUCCACAUCCAGCAGCGGCUGCAGCGCCUGGAGGCGGCGCGGGACGGCGCCGGCGGAGAGGGGGUCCCCGGGGGAGUCGCGUCACCGGAGGAGGAGGAGAGGCUGCGGGAGAUGUGCGCGGCGUGCGCGGCCGGCACCGAGGGGCUGCGGAGGCAGCAGGCGGAGGACCGCGAGCGCAUGCGGGCGCUGGAGAAGCUGGUGGGCUCGGUGGACCAGCGCAACCGCGACGCCGUGGAGACGGUGCAGCGGCACGUCAGCGCCCUGAGCGCUCGCCUGGCUCCACCCGCGCCCCUCGACGAGCUGCUCCGGCGCACGACCGAGCUGGAGCGCCGCGUGGGAGCGCUGGAGACCGCACGAGGAGCGGGGCCGGGCCCGGGCCCGGGUCCGGCGCUGGCGCGGCGAUUGACGGAGCUGGAGGGGCGGCUGAACGCGUCCCGCACCGCCGGGCCGCCCGACGGGGAUUCGUCGCUCCGGGGCCGCGUCGCCAACCUGAGCCGCGCGCUGGAAGGCCUGGAGGGGCGGCUGCGGGAGCACGAAGCGCGGCUGCGGGAGCCCGCCGACCUCGGCGAAGAGGAGGAGCCGCUGGAGGGCUUCAGCGUGUUCGGAGGCGGCGCCGCGCCUUGGGAGCUGCGGGAGCUGCGGGCGGAGUUGGCGGACGCGCUGCUGGCUUUCGGGGCGCUGAACGGCACCGUGCGGGGCCUGCAGGACACCGCCGAGCAGCACGACGCGAGGCUGCGGGACCUGAGCGCCGCGCGGCAGAGCCUCACCUCCGAGCUGGACCGCCUCGUGGCAGAAGCGGCCGAACGCGCGGCGCGGAGCGAGGAACGCGGGGAGACCGCGGCGGAGUGCGGGGAGGCGCUGGAACCGCGCGUGGCCAAACUGGAGGGAGUCUGCGAGCAGUUGGAGGCGGUGGCCGGGGGGCUGCGGGCCGUGCGGGAGGGGCUGGGCCGGCACGUGGCGGGGCUGUGGGGGGCGGUGCGGGAGCUGAACGGCACCAGCCGCACCCACGACGCGCUGCUGGAGAAGCUGCAGGCGCAGCUCUCGCGUCGAUUCGCGGCUCUCGACGGCAGCGUGCAGCAGCUGCGCAGCGAGGUGCUCGGCGGAGAGAAGCAGCAGACGGCCGGUCCCCCGGGGCCCCCCGGCCCCAUGGGUCCCCCAGGGGAGAUGGGCCCCUCCGGCCCCUCUGGGCCCCCUGGCAAGGAUGGAGAGCAGGGCCCUGUGGGUCCCCCAGGUCUGCCAGGAGAGAGAGGCCCGGUGGGGGAGCCGGGCUCUGUGCCCCACAUCGCCUUCUCGGCCGCCCUGAGCACGCAGCGCACGGAGCCGGGCACCGUGCCCUUCGACAGAGUGCUGCUCAACGACGGCGGAGCCUACGACCCCGAGACGGGGACCUUCACGGCGCCGGUGAGCGGGCGCUACCUGGUGAGCGCGGUGCUGACGGGGCACAAGGGUGAGAAGCUGGAGGCGGUGCUGUCGCGUUCCAACCAGGGCAUCGCGCGCCUGGACUCGGGGGGCUUCCAGCCCGAGGGCCUGGAGAACCAGCCCAUAGCCGAGCUGCAGCCCAGCCCUGGCUCGCUGGGGGUCUUCAGCCUCAUCGUGCCGCUGGAGACGGGCGAGACGCUGUGCGUCGAUCUGGUGGCGGGGCGGUUGGCCCACGCACCCGACGAACCCCUCACCGUGUUCAGCGCUGCGCUGCUCUACGACACCCUGUGAGGACCCCCGCCACGCAGACCCCCCCACACCCUGUUAUUUAUCAGCACCCCCCGUCCCCAUGCCCAUGCUGCCACCUGCCCUGCACCUCCUUCCCCCCCCC